AUGGGGAUUGUGAAAUUUGAUGAUGCAUCCAAUACAGAGAACCCAUUACCUAACCAUGGGGAUAAGGGAAUAAAUGCGAUAAUCGAGAGUUUGGGGAAAGAAAUUAAGAUGAGUAUUGCAGAAGUGAAUACCUUGUUGGAGGAAGUUUGGAAGAAAAUGGUGGAAAGAGGGAGCCUGGAAGAAGCAGAUGUGUGUGCCUCCGAAGAGGGGUCGACGAAGGACGUUUACAAAGUCAACCACCCAGUGGUUAUCAUAUCACGUCCGAGAAUGAAUGAAGCCGGGGCACAAGUUGAGCCAAAAGUCGUGAUCCAAAAGCCCGUUGCUUUUCCUUAUAAAGAUAGCAAAAGGGUACCGUGGAACUAUAGCUACAAUGUGACAUUCUCGGGAGAGGAGACCCCGAUCAAUGCAUCAGAGGAAGUUCAAGACGAAGGUUUUUAUACACACAGCGGAAGGCGUUAUACCCCAAAUACAAAAGUCGAGCAGGUUAAAGAAAAAUUAUUAGCAAUUGAGCAAAAGAAAGAGAAGCCGGCGGGGCCUGAACCAAAUGUUAAUGAAUCAAUGACUGAAAAAGAAGCCAAGGAAUUCUUAAAAUUCCUAAAGCACAGCGAAUAUAGUAUCGUAGAACAGUUGCACAAACAGCCAGUGCGUAUAUCGGUACUGGCCUUACUUUUAAGUUUCGAAACCCAUCGCAGCGCAUUGAUGAAGGUGCUGAAUGAAACUUAUGUUGCUAACGAUAUCUUUGUAAACAAACUGGACCGCUUAGUCAACAAUAUAAGCGCCGACAACUUUAUAUUCUUCAAUGACGAUGAGGUACCGCCAGGGGGCCGAGGAUCAACUAAAGCUUUGCACAUCACGACUCACUGUAAAGGGUACACGUUACUGGGGGUAUUGAUUGACAAUGGGUCUGCACUGAAUGUCCUACCCCUCUCUACGCUGAGUAGGUUGCCAGUGGAUAGUUCCCAUAUGAAGACAUGCCAAAAUGUAGUGAGAGCCUUUGAUGGCACGGAAAGGAAGGUAAUGGGGAGAAUUGAAGUACCCCUCUUAAUCGGGCCGAGCACAUACGAGGUAGAUUUCUUGGUCAUGGACAUUAAGCCUUCGUAUAAUUGCUUAUUGGGGAGACCAUGGAUACACUCGGCGGGGGCAGUCCCUUCAUCGCUGCAUCAAAAGUUGAAAUUAGUGACCGAAGGUCGGUUAGUAACAAUCAAUGCUGAAGAGGACAUCAUUGCGGUAAUAACCAGUGAUGCCCCAUAUCUGGAGGCAAAUGAUGAAGUAAUCGAGUGCUCUUUUCGAUCUUUGGAGUUUGUGAAUGCGACGUUCAUCAUCGAAGGAAAUAAGAUUCCAAUGCCCAGGUUAUCUGAGACUACAAGAAUAGGACUACGGCUAACUAUUGGAAAAGGGGCUCUACCCGGAAGGGGACUCGGGAGAUACCUCCAAGGAAGGAUUAAUGUACCAAUGAUGAAGGACAAACAAGACCGUUUUGGGUCUCCAGAUAUCAAUGACGCGAGUGACAUUGCUACUAAUUCAGAAUCUCCUUUUGAGCGAGAUAUGUGUCUGGAGGGAUCCCAAGACUUUGAGGAUGACGGAGACUGUAACUUAUCCCCUGAUUUGUUAAGGAUGGUAGAACACGAGGAGAAACAGAUUCUACCCCACAAAGAGACUGUAGAAGUCGUGAACUUGGGAGAUGAACUAGAAAUGAGAGAAGUAAAGAUCGGAGCUUGCAUCACCACAGAGACAAAGCGGGACCUUAUUGAGUUACUCCAAAAGUUCAAGGAUGUCUUUGCAUGGUCAUAUCAGGAUAUGCCUAGGCUAAGUACUGACCUUGUGGUACACAGGCUCCCCAUCAAAGAAGAAUGCAAGCCAGUUCAGCAAAAGCUUCGAAGGAUGCGGCUCGAUGUUCUAUUGAAAAUAAAAGAGGAGGUCAAGAAGCAAUUUGAUGCUGGUUUCUUACAAGUAGUUAAGUACUCGGAAUGGGUAGCCAACAUCGUCCCCGUCCCUAAAAAAGAUGGAAAGGUACGGAUGUGUGUAGACUACAGAGACUUAAACAAGGCCAGCUCGAAAGAUAAUUUCCCGUUGCCUCAUAUCGACACCUUAGUGGUCAAUACGGCAGGUUACUCACUCUUCUCCUUCAUGGAUGGUUUCUCAGGGUACAAUCAGGUCAAGAUGCAUCCUAAAGACAUGAAUAAAACCAUAUUUGUGACUAUGUGGGGAACCUUUUGCUAUAAAGUAAUGCCGUUCGGAUUGAAAAAUGCGGGAGCAACAUAUCAGAGAGCCAUGGUAACCCUAUUUCAUGAUAUGAUGCAUAAAGAAAUUGAAGUCUAUGUCGACGACAUGAUCGCCAAAUCUCGGACUGAAGAAGAGCAUGUGCAAGUCUUGAGGAAAUUAUUUUUGAGGUUGAGAAAAUUCCAGUUGAAACUCAAUCCCGCAAAAUGUACCUUCGGAGCCAGGUCAGGUAAACUGCUAGGAUUCGUGGUCAGUGGAAAAGGGAUUGAGAUUGACCUAGAUAAAGUCAAAGCCAUACAAGAGUUACCUCCACCACGUACUCAGAAGGAAGUUCGAGGAUUCCUAGGAAGACUAAAUUACAUCGCUCGGUUUAUUUCACAACUAACCGAGAAAUGUGACCCCAUAUUCCGUCUCCUUAAGAAACACAACCCUGAUGGUUGGGACGAGGAAUGCCAGAAGACUUUCGACAAAGUUAAGCAAUAUUUGUCUAAUGCCCCAGUGUUGACACCACCUAAUCCAGAUAAGCCACUGAUACUGUAUUUGACGGUAUUUGAAAAUUCUAUUGGAUGUGUGCUUGGCCAACACGAUGAAUCAGGAAGGAAAGAAAGAGCGAUAUAUUACCUCAGUAAAAAGUUUACUGAGUGUGAGACGAGAUACUUCAUUGAAAAGUUGUGCUGUGCCUUGAUCUGGACAACCCGAAGACUGAGACAAUACAUGUUGUAUCACACAACUUGGCUAAUCUCUAAAAUGGACCCUUUGAAGUACUUGAUGGAGUCGACUGCCUUGAACGGGAGAAUGGCUCGAUGGCAAAUUUUACUUUCUGAAUUUGAUAUAGUCUAUGUGAACUAGAAGGCCGUAAAAGGGAGUGCGAUGGCAGAUUUCCUAGCCAGCAGAUCUCUAGAGGACUACGAGCCUCUAAACUUUGACUUCCCAAAUGAAGAUCUAAUGUACGUAGCAACCACUGAAGAAGACCUUCAAGAAGGUCAUCCUUGGAAGCUAAACUUUGACGGAGCAUCGAAUGCCGUGGGCAAUGGAAUCGGGGCAGUCCUGGUAUCCCCGAGCGGAGAUCAUUAUCCCUUCACUAGUAAAUUAGAUUUUGACUGUACGAACAAUAUGGCAGAAUAUGAAGCAUGCAUCAUGGGAAUACGUGCGGCCAUAGAACGUAAAAUCAAGAUGUUAGAGGUAUAUGGAGAUUCUGCCCUAGUGAUUUAUCAACUCAAAGAUGAAUGGGAGACAAGAGAUCCCAAAUUGAUCAAUUACCAGAGGUUGAUCCUUGAGUUAAUUAAAGAGUUUGAUAAUAUUGUCUUCUACUACCUCCCACGAGAAGAAAAUCAAAUGGCUGACGCCCUAGCAACUUUAGCUUCUAUGAUUAAGGUGAACCAACCAGAGGAUGUGAAGCCAAUCUAAAUUAGCAUUUACGAGGCCCCGGCUCAUUGUUACAACCUCGAAGAAGAAGAGGAAAAUGAUGAUUGCCCUUGGUACCACGAUAUCCUACGAUAUGUGAAGAAUUGUGAGUACCCCGACCAAGCUACUGAGAACGACAAGAGAACGUUGAGAAGACUGGCCAGUGACUAUGUCUUAGAUGGGGAGAUCCUAUACAAAAGAAGGAAGGAUCAGGUACUAUUAAGAUGUGUAGACGCCAUUGAGGCUAAGAAAAUCUUAGAAGAAGUCCACGAGGGCGGUUGCGGGACACAUGCUAAUGGUUUUACAAUGGCCAGGCAAAUUAUGAGGUUCGGUUAUUAUUGGUCCACCAUGGAAGAAGACUGUAUUAACUAUGCCAAAAGAUGUCAUAAGUGCCAAAUCUAUGGAGACAAGAUUAAUGUACCUCCCUCACCUCUAUAUGUCAUGACCUCGCCAUGGCCUUUCUCGAUGUGGGGCAUAGAUGUGAUUGGGCCAAUUUCGCCAAAAGCUUCAAAUGGGUAUCGUUUCAUCUUUGUGGUCAUCGAUUAUUUCACCAAAUGGGUGGAGGCCGCUUUAUAUGCCAAUGUCACUAAAUCAGCAGUUAGCAAGUUCCUGAAAAAGGAAAUCAUCUGUCGAUAUGGAAUACCGGAAAGGAUCAUAUCUGACAAUGUAUUGAAUUUGAACAACAGCACGAGAGCGGAUGUCUGCAGUCAGUUCAAGAUUAGACACCACAACUCGUCACCGUAUCGCCCGAAGAUGAACGGAGCAGUCGAAGCAGUCAAUAAGAACAUCAAGAAGAUUGUAGGAAAGAUGAAAGAAACUUAUAAAGAUUGGCAUGAGAAGCUACCAUUCGCCCUCUAUGCUUAUCGAACGUCUAUCAGAACUUCUACUGGGGCAACACCUUUCUCAUUAGUCUAUGGAAUGGAGGCAGUUUUACCUAUCGAGGUCAAGAUUCCUUCCCUCAGAGUUUUGUCAGAAGUAAAGAUGGAUGAAGCAGAAUGGAUCCAGUCCCGAUACGAUCAGCUGAAUUUGAUUGAAGAAAAGAGGCUACGGACUAUUCACCAUGGUCAGAUGUACCAAAAGUGAAUGAUUCGAGCUUACAACAAAAAGGUUCGUCCCAGAGAGUUCCACAAGGGAGACCUAGUACUGAAAAAGAUCCUACCCAUACAAAAAGACUUCAGAGGAAAAUGGAUGCCGAAUUGGGAAGGGCCUUAUGUGGUGAAGAAAGCCUUUUCUGGCGGAGCAUUGAUAUUGGCUGAAAUGGAUGGCAAGACCUUAUCCAAUCCUGUGAAUUCGGAUUCGGUUAAGAAAUACUUCGCCUAA